AUGGAAUGCGUAUACGAUCCAUCACAAUGUCUGAUAUACGACCCAUCAUUGUGCCUGUUCUUAAGCGAGCAAGUGAGCUGCCAGAAAAACGGACGACCGGAUUUCGAGUAUGAGAAAUGGAGGUGGGAAGCAAAAGAUUGCGAAAUUCCAAAGUACGGAGGCCAUGCAUGGUUAAAUGGGAUGGAGUUGUUUGAAGGCAUUGUCGUUGCUAUGCUGCUAUGGAAGCAGCUGGAGGAGCUUCAGAAAAUACCUACCAAAAAUUAUCUUCAGGCUGCGACAUCUUUGCCGGGCGUUGGCUAUAUGAUGAAUCGUAUCCUGUCAUAUAAUUCUUCGGGUUGCACUUUCUACCACAACAUGUUCGAUUGUCUAAAAAGCGGAAGGCCGGAUAAGCUCUACCUCAAAUAUAGACGGCAACCGUAUGGCUGCAACUUGCCGAGCUUCUCUCUUAAAGAAGCAACUGCAGGAGUUUCCAAAAGUACCUACCAAAAAUUAUCUUCAGGCUGCGACAUCUUUGCCGGGCAUUGGGUAUACGAUGAGUCGUAUCCUCUCUGUAAUUCUUCGAGUUGCACUUUCUACAACAACAUGUUCGACUGUGCAAAGAGUGGAAGGCCAGAUAAGCUCUACCUGAAAUAUAGAUGGCAACCGACCUGCUGUGACCUGCCGAGGUUCGACGCUCUAAACUUCUUGUCGAAGAUGAAGGGGAAGAGAAUUUUGUUCGUGGGGGAUUCGCUAGCCCUGAACCAGUGGCAGUCACUUGCAUGCAUGAUUCAAUCCGGUGCUCCAGCUCCUCACACAACCCUAGUAUCAAAAGACCCAUUACAUUCUUUUCUAUUCCCGGAGUAUGGAGUGAAUAUCUCCUAUUAUCUGUCUCAUUACCUUGUAGACAUAGUGAGUGAACCAACUGGCAGAGCGCUCGUACUUGACUCCAUCAAACAAGCAGAUGUGUGGCUUGGAGUCGAUAUUUUGUUGUUUAAUUCGUGGCACUGGUGGAUCCGCAAUGAUGAUAUGAAAGGAUGGGAUUACAUUAGGGAGGGGAAUAUGGUUUUCAAGGACAUGAAUCGAACCUUGGCUUUCUUGCAAGGAAUGAAGACGUGGGCCAAAUGGUCCGACGCUAAGGUUGAUACCUCCAAGACUACAGUCUUCUUUCAGGGGAUUUCUCCAACCCACUAUCGAGGGAUUGAGUGGAAUGGCAGAGACACUGAAACAUGCCGUGGACAGACACAACCAUUGUUGGGGUCGACAUACCCGGGUGGGUCGCUACCGGUAGUGGCGUUGCUAGCGAAUGUGUUGGAGAGCAUGGAAAGGCCCCCAUACCUCCUCAACAUAACCACCCUCUCCCAGCUUCGGAAGGACGCCCACCUUUCCAUCUACUCCCCUCGGGGAGGUAACGAUUGCAGCCAUUGGUGUGUAGCAGGCCUUCCUGAUACAUGGAAUCUACUCCUCUAUGCUGCACUUUUCUUCUGA